AUGUCACAACUCGGCGAACAGCGAUGGAUCGACGAAAUGGCCGCCAAGCUCGGGGUCAGCGGGCCGACACUCAGCGUAAUCAUCCUGGCCCUCCUUCUCGUCCUCACCAUGGCAAUCGGCUCUCUGCGUCCCGCCGUUGUUGUCGAGGCCGAGAAGGAGGAGCGAGAGAGAAUCGCAAAGGAGCGCGCAGCGAAGAAGGGUUAG